GAUCGCAUGACGUCACACUCAGGAAGUCAUGCACAUCGAAUCUACCGGCUUUCUUGAAGUUGCAUCUUGUUCCAUGGUAGCACUUUGCACGGUAUUCACGAGAGAUGUUGCUGCUGGUGCUGAGCGCCCUCCUCCUGCUCUUCUGCAACCUGGAUGUGUGGUACUUCCUACGGGGGGCCCAGGUCUUCUUCCAGGCAUAUUUCCUGCCCAGAAUAGGGGAUAUUCUAGCAGAGCAAAGUAUUGAUGGCAUGGUCCUUCCCCAUGAUUUGGACUACUUGGGCCAUAUGAACAACUCAAGAUAUCUGAGGGAGUGUGACUUUGCUCGUUUUCACCAUUACAUGAGAAAUGGGCUGUUUAUGGCCUCAUGGAAACUGGGGGCCAAAAUGGUGGUAGGGGCCUCCACCAUCCGGUACCGACGCUCCUUGGCCUUCCAAGAGGCUUUUGAGAUUCGGACCAAAGUGCUAGGCUGGGAUGAGAAGGCUUUUUACUUGGAGCAGCGCUUUGUUUCCAAAAAAGAUGGCUUUGUGUCCGCAGUCAUGCUUUGUAGGCAGAAUGUGGUGCGUUGCAGCCCAGAGAGGAUCAUUGAAUUUGUCUGCGAAAAAAAGAUUGAAUGUCCAGAGUUUUCAGAGGAGCUCAAACACUGGAUCAGCUUCAUUUCAGCCAGCAGCCAGGCGCUGAGGGCAGAGAGUGGAUUGGAAAAUAAGAACAAAUGAAGUGACACCGUGAAACCACAAGUCAUGAGUGUAGACACUCUUUCGAGGCAUUGCACAGACACACGCAGCACUUACACCCACACAUUUACAUGUAGAAAGUUUUAGCUGACUUCCAGAAAUCCAUAUACGUCUGAUUUUGGUCAGUCUUACUGUGUAUUUUUGUAUGAUGUGAAUUCUCAACAUAUGACAGCUAAUUAUGAAAACUUGAACUGUACAGAAGUUAUUCUCUGAAAAGAAAAAAAAAAGUGAACUCGGAAAGUAGCUUUAUCCUUUUAACUUAAGUAGUUGAGUUUGAAUAGACUGGUUUCAGACAUCUUCACUCUCACUGAAAACAAUUGUCUGAAUUCAAGUAAGCAUGUAGUGAAAAACCUAAUCUUCCACUAACAUCAGUGCAUGUUUUAAAACAAUCAGAAUAUUUUACGUGCCUGUUUCUUGUAGUUUACAGUUACAAAGAGUUAUAACUUCUAACAGAGAAAAAAAAGAAAAACCGGUGUGAGGAAAAACUUGAAUGGACAGAUUCAGCAUUUACUGAUAAAUAUUGUAUUCCUCCCAUCAGUAUUUUGCACAAAUUAAUCCUUGUUGAAUAUUUUAAAGGGAAUAUUCCAUCUUGAGGGAUCAAUUUAUCCGCACAAUAUUUGCUCCCUUGCCAUAGUUAAAAAAACAAAACAAACAAAGUGGAUGGCUUUUUGAUUGGAAUCGCAUGUGUACAUUGUUUUUCUUUUUUAAGAAAGUGUAUGAAUUUUGAUUGGCACGUAUAAUAAGCAAAUGAUAACAAGAGGUUGCUGGCAACUUUUAAAAAUGUGCAAUGCAGAAUGAACACUGAAUGUUUGAAUGUUCAUAUUUAGGAAACCAAUUUGAGAUGAUCAACCUUCUCAUUCGUGCAUCAGAGCUUUUUUUUGUGACCAAAGUAAUGUAUUCUGUGUUUUGGGGAAAUUAGAUUUUUUAAAAUGUAUGGUUGAUCUGUUAUUUAUGUUGUCAAUGCACUGACAAAAAAAUUCUGUUUAAUAUACCGAAGUUUGAUUAUAUGCAUUGUAUGUUUAUUUUCCACUUAUUGUACAUUAUUUUUGAAAUUGAUUUAUUU